AGUCCUAUUUAAAAACACAAAAAGAACGAAAAUAUAUAUCUAUUCAAAAUUCAGGGUUUUUUCCAUUUUAUUCAUUUGGAAUUUAAAUGGAAUUCUAUCAACAAUCUUGUUUCAUUAUCGUUAUAAUUUAUUUUUUUACUAUUCAAUCGUCAGCUUUGGACUGUUAUACUGCGAAAGGUGAAUAUGGAAGUUGCAUUGAAAUUCGGAGUUGUCCAGCAAUGGUGGAAAUUCUUAAAAUGUAUCCUCUGCAAAGUGAAACUGUGAAAUAUUUAAAAGAAUCGAGAUGUCGAGUUGCAGGAUCAUCAACUUCAGAAGUUAUUAUUUGUUGCCCUUCGCAUUCAUCAUUAUCAUUCACAACAUCAAAUCCAAGUUGGAAUGCCAGUGAUCAUAAUUUACUUCCUACGAAUUGCGGACAAGAAACUAUGGGCAGAAUUGUUGGCGGAGAAGUCACGGAUAUCGACGAAUUUCCCUGGAUGGCUCUGUUGGAAUAUCAAACACCAAACGGAAUAAAAACACUCUGCAGUGGCGUUGUAAUCAAUAAACGCUACGUAUUAUCAGCAGCUCACUGCAUCAAAGGCAAGGGCCUUCCUAAAAAUUAUAGAGCCGUGAAUGUUCGCCUCGGCGAAUACGACACAACUUCUAAUCCAGAUUGUAUUAUUCAAUCGGGCUAUCAAGUUUGCGCCGACCCGAUUGUGAUAAUUCCAAUCCAGGAAAUAAUAACCCACGAGGAUUAUGUUCCGAAUUCAAAAGGCCAACCAAAUGACAUUGCCUUAUUGAGACUCUCAAAAGACAUUGUAUUCACAAAUUACAUUCAACCAAUUUGUUUACCACAGAAUUCAAAUGUCGAAAGUCUGUUGUAUACUGCCGGAUGGGGUAGAACUGAAUAUGGAACAAAUUCUGACAAGAAAUUAAAAUUAUCAGUUCCUGCAGUUAGCAUUGAAAGGUGUAUUCCUUGGUAUAGAUCGGCAGGGGCUAAUCUAGGACAUGGACAAAUUUGCGCUGGUGGCGAUAAGGGAAGAGAUUCAUGCCGGGGAGAUUCUGGUGGUCCACUUAUGGCGAAAUCGCGGGGAACUGUUGACAAUAAACCAAAAUGGGUUAGCGUUGGAAUUGUUUCAUUCGGACCAUCGCCUUGUGGACGUGAAGGGUGGCCCGGCGUUUAUACCAAAGUACACGAUUUUAUGCCAUGGAUUCUUCGUAAUAUGAGACCUGCUAAAAAAUAGUCAAUUAAUUACUUAUUUUACAUUAUAUUCAUCCUUUAUUAGCUCGAUUAAUAAAAACUAUUAUAUAAUGCAGCUGAAUAAUUUAAAUAAAAUUUUAUAUUUGAACAAAUAA